AUGGACUCCUUCCUCAGCCGCACGCCUAGUGAACGCGAGUCCUCCAUAGCUGCAACAAUCGAGACGGCUUCUGAGAUACCUGAUAGGCAGAGCUUACCCUCCGUUGAAUCUUCCACUUCAACAACUCCAAAGCGCAAACGCAUCACUACGGCCGAUGCGACGUGGCAACACACCCGAAAACCUCAAGGAUCCGAGCCUGAGCGCGCUGGGCCAAAGCAAGACUUAGUGUUCUACUGCAAAUACUGCAGCAACCCACUGUACUCCACAUACGUGUCUACCACAUUCCGCAACCACCUACUUAAGAUACACUCAGUUGAAGCUGCUGGCUCAGAGCCAAAUUCAACCAAGAAAGCACACACCAGCCUCAUUAAAGAGGCGUUCAACAAAGCUGGCGAGAUUAAGGUUACUAAGCUUCAAGAAAGAGAGGAGCAAGUGCUUCGGAACGCACUUAAUCCAAAGGCUGCAAUAGAAGCCUUAGUCCAGCUGGUUACUGUCCGCAAUCUUCCAUACAAUUGCAAUACUUAG